AUUCAAUAGGAUGGAAUAGAAGAACCAGUUGCAGGAAGUUCGCGUUCCUUUUCUUUUCCUCGGUCUUCUGCUUAUUUGUUGAGUUCUAAUGGAAAAUGUGAAGGGACUUCUUCGCAUUCGGCUUCGGAAAGGCACUAAUCUCGCUUUGCGUGACAGCCUUAGCAGCGACCCUUAUGUCGUUGUAACCAUGGGUGAACAGAAAUUGAAGUCUGGAGUGGCAAAAAAUGACUGCAAUCCAGAGUGGAACGAUGAAUUGACUCUUUCUAUUAAGGAUCUUAAUGUUCCCAUCACUCUGACAGUGUAUGACAAAGACACGUUUACUGUGGAUGACAAAAUGGGUGAUGCUGAGAUAGACCCAAAACCAUAUAUUGAGUGUCUGAAGAUGGGAUUGGAGAAUCUCCAAAAUGGCUCUGUAGUUAAGAAAGUUCAGCCGAGCUCGACAAAUUGCCUUGCCGAGGAGAGCACUUGUGUUUGGAACAAUGGGAAAAUUGUCCAGGAUGAGUCUCAGACUGAGAAAUGUGGAGUCCGGGGAGGUGUCGAUCCAACUUGAGUGGAUUGAUAUUAGUGGUUGUGAAGGCCUGUAAACUUAGAGAUAAAUGAAACUGCUGUUACUCUAUUAUGAUAUAUUUUUAGGUUUUAAGCUUUAAUAUCAAGGGGUACUUGAAAUGUGUUUGAUGUAUAAGUCUAUUUGAUAAUAAAAUAAAGAAACUUCUAUGGAA